UCAGCUGGCCGGCUGUAAAACUCGCGUACCUCGUGAACCUAGCAGUCUCGUAGUAACCGUCGGAGAGCGGAGAAAACCAAUGGCGGCGUGGUCCGGAGCAACGAGGAGCUUCUGUAUGCCGGCUAUCGACCUUGGCAGACUGCGCGGCCGGGCUCCGAUAGCCUUCGGCGCAGGCUUUGCAUCAAUCGCCGGCGCGAGCUUUCGCCGAUUGUCGCCUUCGCUAUCAAAGCCAUUCGCUUCCCUUGGCAUUUCCACUGAUGCUAGUGUGAAGGAGGUUGUUCAAACAGAAAAGGCUCCAGCAGCUCUGGGCCCAUACUCUCAAGCCAUCAAAGCAAAUAAUCUUCUUUUUGUAUCUGGAGUUCUUGGGCUUGUUCCAGAGACUGGAAAGUUUGUGUCAGACAGUGUAGAGGAUCAAACAGAGCAGGUUCUGAAGAACAUGGGGGAGAUACUCAAAGCAGGUGGUGUUAACUACUCCAAUGUUGUCAAGACUACCAUCUUGUUGGCUGAUCUGAAGGACUUCAAAGCAGUGAAUGAGAUCUAUGCUAAAUAUUUCCCAUCACCAUCACCUGCCAGGGCAACAUACCAGGUUGCAGCAUUGCCAAUGGAUGCCAAGAUUGAGAUUGAAUGCAUUGCUGCUUUAUAAUAAACCAAUUUAGCUAUCCUGGAGUUUCUGUUAUGCCAGUAGUAGGAAUUCAUAGUUGGUAAUAAGGCAACUUUUUACUCUUUUCCAGGACCUCUGCUUAAUUGUUCUUAUAUACCCACAUCCAUUUUUAUUACUAUAUUC